AGGCGUUCGAAAAUUCGCUCUAUCACUGAUGAAUUUACGAACGCUCAACCCCGGUUGAAUAGGACCGGUGUCAGCAAACAACGGCUAAAAAUAAGCUUCAUUCAGUUGUUGCCAGCAGCACAGUUACAGUCACCAACGCUCUGGAUAACAUGAAAGCCGCAUAACCAUCUCUGCUAGGCAGACAAUCUUUCGACAUGAUUACCUGAUUGGUCAAUCUACACCCACGCCAAGGAAGUGCAAACAGAGUUCUUCCGGUCACUGUGUUUGGUUUGAAUCGAAGAAGAAUGUCAGUAAGGAGGAUAUUAGAGGCAUUUUAGUCAACAAGAUGAAGAUCAAACAACGUUCAAAAACUACGCCACUGCACAAAAAAACCAUGGGGACUAAACGCCAUGGAAACCUGGGUAUAACACAAACAGAACGUGACCCACAGUCAGGUGAUGACUCCACCGGCAGAGAUGAAUCAGAUUGUACCCAAGCACUCUCAAAGAGCACCAGUUCAAAUCAUCAUUCAGAUUCUAGUCCACUCCACAAGGAUCCUGUGGUAGUGCUAACCAGGUUGGCUGAGGUGGUGGUUAAGACACUUCUGAGAGACAUUAAAGUUUGUUUGGUGAAGGAGGUGACGGAUGUCAGGAGGGAUGAAGACAACCAUGGAGGUUCUCCUCAGUUCUUUCCUUGUCCACACUGCACCAUCUCCUUUACUGACUGUUACUUCCUGGAGAACCACAUCAAGACCAAACACCAGAAGCAGUACCUGGCCAUGUUGAGAAGCCAAGUCUCAAAGAGUAAAAGAGUGUACGGCCCCACACACAGCUGUGCCCACUGUAGCUGCAUGUUCCAUACACCACGACAGCUAGACAUCCACACCCGCCAGGCCCACCCCUCUGCCCGUCCCCAGAAACCUGCCCCUCCCCGCAGAACUGGCCGUCCCCACAAGGUACAGGAGAAAUUCCACACGUGCCCACAGUGCUCCCGCAGAUUCAAGUACCUGGGCAGCCUGCUGAAGCACUGCAAGAGUUUGCACAAAAUGGCCGUUGUUCUCACCAAUGGACACAUCAGUUGCGCAGACUGUGAGAAGAGCUUUGAGAAUUGCUGGGGCCUCGGGCCUCACCGGUGUCACGAACCAGAGGGCAAUAAACCUAAGGACGCAAAACAGAUGGUCAUUAAGGAAGUCGGCUUCCAAUGCUUAGAUUGUGGCAAGAUCCUCACUACUCCUACGAGCCUGAACACUCACAUGCGCAUCCACACUGGAGAAAAGCCUUAUGUCUGCAAGGAGUGUGGCAAGCGCUUCUCGGAUACCAGCGCUUACCGCUAUCACUUGUUAAUACACAAUGGGGUCAAGCCAUUCAAAUGUCAGGACUGUGGGAAGGCUUUCAAGCAGAAGUCGCUCCUCAGGAAGCACAUGACUGUUCACUCUGGUGAGAGGAAGUACUCCUGCUCCCAAUGUGACAGGAAGUUUGCAUACAGGGAGAGUCUGAAGCUUCACCUGCGCACACACUCUGGGGAGAGACCUUUCAAAUGUACUGUCUGUGGUAAAGACUUUGCUGACAAAGGUUAUCUGAAGACUCAUCUGAAGAUCCACAGCAACCAGAAAAACUACCAUUGUGGGGUUUGUGGGCAGAAAUUCAUAAGGAUUGGGGUGCUGAACAUACACCUGCGCUCACACACAGGUGAGAGGCCUUACCACUGCACAGUGUGUGACAAGCAGUUUGCCCGACUCGACCACCUGAAGAACCACCAGCGCACUCACACAGGUGAGAAACCAUACACCUGUACCGAGUGCAGUAAAAGCUUCACUCAGUCUGGAGAUCUAACUAAACACAGGCGCCUCCACACUGGGGAGAGGCCAUUUGAAUGUUCUGAAUGCCACAAACGCUUUAUCUGCUCUGCUUCUCUGACCCUGCACAUGAGGACCCACACUCACCGUGAAGUAAAGCCAUACUCCUGCCAAGAGUGUGGGAAAAGCUUUUAUGAACAGAGUCAUGUGAACGGCCACAUGAAAAUCCACAAGGGGAAACGUUAUUCCUGCCCCCACUGCUUUCUCAGCUUUGCUCGCAAGUCCAACCUCUCCAAACACCUGCUUAGACGUCAUAAACCUAAAUGAUAAUGAUGUAUAUUAACAUAGCACAUUUUAUGAAACUCUGUUACUCUUAUGAAUUAAAUGGAGGGGAGUCUGAUCUCUUUUGUCUGUGAUCGAUGUGUGACAUCAAAUUCUAACUCAAUUUUGCCCCAUGUUUGAUAACGCUGCAAUGUUUUAACAAUCCUCCAGUUGGGUCACAGUGAGCUCCAUGUAUUGGGACAGUGACAUGUUCUCUUUCUCCUGCAGCACUUUGGAUUUGAAAUUAUACAACGACUGAGGUUAAAGUGCCGGCUUUAAUUUGAGGGUAUUUUCAUCCAUAUCGGGUGAACCGCUCAGAAAGAACAGGUUUUUUUUGUACAUAUUCCCCCCCAUUUUUAAGGGAAUGGUUACAUUAUUUGGUCCCAUAUGCCCAGCAUGCAAUGCUUACAUUAAGCUUGACUGGAUGCGUUUGCUGUUUGUUUUGGUUGUGUGUCAGGGUAUUUUGUGCUCAAUAGAAAUUCAUGGUAAAUAAUGUAUUGUCACUUUUAUUAUAAAUUAGAAUAGUAUGGUCUUCUAUAUUAGUGGCUACCAUGAUUAUGGAUAAAACUGAAUGAAUUGUGAUUAAUGAGUGAAAGUUAGAGGCAUAAAUAUCAUACCCCCUCAAAAUGCUAACCUCCCCUGUUAUUGUAAUGGUAAGAUGUUAGCAUGUCUUGAGGGCAUGAUACUUGUGCGUCUGUACUCUAGCUUUCUCACUCAUUAUUCAGGACUAUCCGUAAUCAUUGUAGCAUCCAACAAGUUUGUAGAGUAACAACCUUGUUGUAAUCAAUAUGUGCUAGGACAAUGGGACCAAAUACUACACUUUUGACUACUUUUACCAAACAAGGAAUUUGUACCAGUUCUUUUAGUCCCCCCUUAUUUUAGGGGGAUAUGUUCAAAAAGUGUCAUUUCUAAACUGUUCAUAUGGGUAAAAAUACUAAUUAAAGCUGACUGUCUACACUUUAACCUAAUAAUCAUUGUAUCAUUUCAAAUACAACGUCUGGAGGUACAGAGCCAAAAGAACAAAACAUAAUUCACUGUCCCAAUACUUUUGGAGCUCUUUUGUUAAUAUUAUUGCUCUUUUGUUUUAUGGAUGUUUGCAUUUAACCAGUUCAAUGGAAGCUACAUAAUCCCCAAAAGUAGUUAUCAUGAGGUCCAUAAAUGGUAACUAGUAAUGUUGCAUACUCAAAGAAAGGUAAUCUCACUUCUGGUCAAAAAAUUGAAGUUAAAUUGCUGAGGUCAAUUUUGAGGACACAAGUUCAAGUACACAGUACAAAUAUGUUAUGGAUUUCCUUAUCAACAAAAUUGUAUGAAUAAUGCUAGAAAUGUCUUAUGUGCUUUCUAAAUAUAGCAUAAAUAAAUUAUAAAAUGACAAGUACACCUCAUAACUGUAAAUAUCAUAUUUGUAUGUUUAGUGUUAGAUAUUUUCUACAGGUUUCUCUUGAUUAAAGUGUUUGACCCCAUCGCUGUGGAAGUUUCACAGCGCUCUAGAUUGCCUUCAUGAACUCGUUAGGAACUCUCCAUGUUAAUCUUUUUUGUUUAAAAUGUAUUAAUUGUUUUAGAUUAUUGGCUAUAAAUCGAUCUCUGAAUGUGCUACUGUAAUGAAACCACUCUCCUGCUGUGCUAUGAUGUAAGGAUUGCAGGCAUGUGCUUUGUCAGUAGCUCUGAUAUAGGGUUCAGCCAGGAGUUGGACAGUUGGAAGAGUGAUUGAAAUGGUAGAAGGGACAUCCCAGCUUCAAGUGGUGUUAGAUUUCACAUCCUACAUCACGCAGGGUCGGAACCGGUACCAGAACCACCCAAACAAGGGACCUUAUGUCUAAGAGGUUAUAAGCACCAGUUUAUUCCAUUUUUUUUAUUUGUUCAGAUGGUUUUAUGACUGAUUGUCCUGAUGAUCAGUUGGCGAUACAUUCUGAAAGAUUGUCAGUUUUCUUUGCUUUGUGUUUGUAGUGUAUUCCUUGAUUUGGAACGAGGAUAAUUUAUGUAAAGUUAACUCUGAUACUAUUGUUAUAAACAUGCCAUUUAAUUAAAGUUAAUUACAUAGAGACCA